UUCCAUCUGGCGGCUUCUCCAACUAGAUGACUGGGUAUUCCUGCAAGCAGGCCCCUUUCCAGCCCUCGCCUUCAUACAGCACAUUUAAAGUAGCAGUAACCUCUUUUCCCUCCCCCCGCAGCCUGCCUGGAAACAUUAGAAGGGACCGAGGCGGCGAGAUGUCUAAAAUAGGAAGACGCUGGGGACGGCUGGCCUGGCUGCCCGCGAUGCUGGCUGCGGGGAUCUGGUCCGGCCGUGCAGAUGGAAAAGCCAGGAGGCUAUGCUGGGGAGUCACACCAUGCCUGUUCCCACUACUGCUCAGCUGCUCUUCAAUAUCACCUCCCUGGCCAGGCAGAGUAAAUGUGCCUGGGGAAAUCCCUAAAUUACCAGAUUUCCUGACCUGCACUCAAAUCUGUGCAGUCGACCUGACCUCCCCACACAAGGCUUCUUGGCUAGUGUUCAGGCGAGUCAGGAAAAACCACGAGAAGCCUGAAGUGUUUACAGAUGUACGCCAACAGAAGUCUGUGCGGUUCCACAAACACCGUCCGAGGACUAUGCCAAAGGCUGCAGACUUGGGAAUGAGUCAGCCAGUGUGCCAGCCAUGGGGAUCUCCAGCCAUGGGAGGGGGACCCUCAGAGCAUCACCAUGAGGGGAGGCUGCCGCUGGUGCCAGAGGGCUUGAAUGCUCUUUUACUGUGGGCCUGUGGAGGGCUGGACACACAAGAACGAAGUCCGGAGCGCCAGAUCACACAGCUUAUCCAUCCCAGGGCAGGCAAGUUCUAUGCCGGAGGAGCUACACAAUAAAUAUUACAGGCUUUCUGGGUCGGCUCAGUUCUGCCAUUGUAAUUGGAGAGCAGCUAUGGGCAACUCCCAAAUGAGUGGGUGUGACUGUGGACCAAUAAAACAUUACUCUUGGGGCUAGAGAGAUGGCUCAGCAGUUAAGAGCAUUUGAUCUGAAAUCACGGGGCGGGGGGGGGGCAGAGUUCAGAUGCCAGCACCCAUCUAACAAACAGGACAUCCCCACAAACGCCUAUAACUCCAGCUCUGAGGGGGGAGGAAGGAGAGUUGCUGGAGCUUGCUGGCUUCCAACUUAGCUAGGUAAGUGUGAGCCCCGGGUUCUGGGAGAGACCCUGCCUCAGAGGAAAAGGAAGAUGUACAACAUCCUCUUUCAUUUCUGUGCCUGUACGCAGGUGUGCAGACACACAGGCACACACAGAUGAGCAAACCACUACUGUGCGCAGGUGUGCAGACACACAGACACACACAGAUGAGCAAACCACUACUUUUGAGACCAAAGGUGGUUUCUUAUUUCCCGCUCCUCUCUGCUUCCCCGUGUAGCCCUGGCUGUCCUGGAACUCACUCUGUAGACCAGGCUGGCCUCAAACUCACAGAAUCCGUCUGACUCUAUCUUCCUCUUCAGCCACACCUGUGUCUGUGUGGGGAAUGCUGGGAAACCGCUAGCCUUGGGUAGAAAAGGUCGUUGAAUGCCAGAGCAAGGCUUUCAGGUUGGUGGGGCUGGAGGUUGACAUCUGGUGGUGUUCACUGCCCUGGCUGGUCAGUCAGCCACUAUCCAUUCAACUUGCCCUCCUGUGGAUCAAACCAUUGCCCACCAUGAAGCUCAGAAGCCAUGUGUGGAGAGCCAAUGCUGGCAUAUCCACAGGAGCAAUUUUUUAAAAAACAUUAUGGUGGCUCAUGCUUAUAAUCCUAGAACUAGGGAAUCUGAGGUGGGAACAUUGCUGAGUUUGGGGACAGCCUGAGCUACAUAAUGAGUUCCACAGUGAGGGCUAAAGAUGGAAACUUAAAAAAAAGUUUCUAAUUAUGCAUGGCUAUGAGCUUAUUAGGUCAAUAGACAGAAGAAUCAACAACAUAGUUUUUUGUUUUGUUUU